UAGGGAAAUGAGGAGCAGGGUGUGGGGAGCUGGCUGCAGGAAGUGCCUCCGUUUCCCACCGCUGAACUGGGAGGUGAACUCUGCUCGCCAGACAGGAAUUAAUUGCUUGCUAGAUGUGGAGGACGGAGUCGGGUGAAAAGAUGUCUCCUCUGCUCCUCUUGGGGCCAAAGAGAGAAGCAAAGCUCCGGCGUGUUGAGCCUCUGGACUCGUGGUACUUGGCGGUGCCUUUAGUGGCAACUCUCUAGUUCAGCGCAGUUUGCACGGGUGGAAACAAUUUCUCGUUCUUCGGCUCGCAGCGAGGCGGACCGCUGCCCGUCGAGAGCGCGGGGCGGGCGGCAGCCAGGCCCCAUGCCGGCGACGGUGUCUUCUGAGUUACGACCCCCACAGCACCCUCGGGGCUCGGGUUGAGGUGGGGGGCGCGCGAUGCCCGGCUCCGUCAGAUGAAAGUUUGUGCCACAGCCAUGAAGAGACCGCGGUGAAGCCGCCGCCGCCGCCCCCCCUUCCCCGCCAGGAGUUGCUGUCUAAAUGGGUCCCGUCAUGCCUCCAAGUAAGAAGCCAGAAGGCUCAGGAAUUAGCGUUCCCAGUGGAUUGAGCCAACAUUACCAAGAUAGUGAUUUAUCAAAGGCGCUUCAUGAUGAAGAGGACCUAGACUUCUCUUUGCCUGCCAUCAGAUUAGAUAAAGGGGCCAUGGAAGAUGAAGAGCUAACUAAUUUGAACUGGUUACAUGAGAGCAAGAACUUGCUGAAGAGCUUUGGGGACUCAGUGUUAAGGAGUGUUAGCCCCGUUCAGGACAUUGGUGAUGACACACCGCCAUCUCCUGCCCAGUCUGACAUGCCCUAUGAUGCCAAGCAGAACCCCAACUGCAAACCUCCAUAUUCGUUUAGCUGCCUCAUAUUUAUGGCCAUUGAGGACUCGCCAACCAAAAGACUGCCUGUAAAGGAUAUAUACAACUGGAUCCUGGAACACUUUCCGUAUUUUGCAAAUGCACCCACUGGAUGGAAAAAUUCUGUGAGACAUAAUCUGUCCUUGAAUAAGUGUUUUAAGAAAGUGGACAAAGACAGGAGCCAGAGUAUUGGAAAGGGGUCCUUGUGGUGUAUAGACCCAGAAUAUAGACAAAAUCUUAUUCAGGCUUUGAAAAAGACACCCUAUCACCCAUAUUCGCAUGUGUUCAGUACACCUCCCACAUCUCCUCAGGCAUAUCAAAGCACAUCAGGUCCACCCAUUUGGCCAGGAAGCACCUUUUUCAAGAGAAAUGGAGCCCUUCUACAAGGAAUAAUUAACUCCAGAGUUUGCAGAGAAGAUGAAAACUUCUUGUUGUCCAGAGAUCCUGACAUUGAUGCUGCCACUGCCAUGAUGCUUUUGAAUACUCCCCCUGAGAUACAAGCAGGUUUUCCUGCAGGAGUAAUACAAAAUGGAGCUCGAGUUCUGAGUAGAGGAAUAUUUCCUGGAGCCAGGCCAUUGCCAAUCAACCCUAUAGGAAGCAUGGCUGUUGCCGUAAGAACUGGUUGGAAAUCUUUCAAAAUGAACGGAAUAACAAACUGCCGGAUGCGGACAGAAAGUGAGCAGUGCUGUGGCUCUCCAGUUGUUAGCGGUGACCCAAAGGAGGAUCACAACUACAGCAGUGCCAAAUCUUCCAACCACAGGAGCACAUCACCUGCUAGUGACUCCAUUUCCUCUUCCUCUGCUGACGACCAGUAUGAAUUUGCAACUAAAGGUAGCCAAGACAGCAGUGAAGGAAGUGAUGUUAGCUUCCAGUUAGUUCUGGAAGAGAGCCAUAGUGAAACAGAGGAGGAGGACAAAAGGCAAAAUCGGAAGGAGACCAAGGAUUCCUUAGCUGACAGUGGGUACGCAUCCCAGCAUAAGAAAAGGCAACAUUUAAUGAAGGGGAAAAAAGUACCGAGUGACACACUGCCUCUUAAAAAGAGACGUACAGAAAAGCCCCCUGAGAGUGAUGAUGAGGAGAUGAAAGAAGCAGCAGGAUCUCUCCUGCAUUUAGCAGGAAUUCGAUCCUGUUUGAAUAACAUCACCAAUCGGACGGCAAAGGGGCAGAAAGAGCAAAAGGAAACCACAAAAAAUUAGAACAAAUCAAUGAUUUGUUUGAACUUAAAAGUUUUGUUUCAGCACGUCAGGUGAAUUCUAAUGAUUUGUGGCAAUAUCAGCAAUUUAUUCCUUUUUGGUUUUCUUUUGUUUCUUUUCUUUUCUUUCUUUUUUUUUCUUUUUUUUUUGACCCUUAAGAUUUUUAUUUUUAAAGGAGAUUGAAGCCAUAGAACUCAUACUGACAUUCAGCUAAUUUACAAAAGCUUUUCAUUACCUGAAGACAAAAGCUAACAACAACAACAAAAAAAAAGCCACCAAAAUCGCCAUUGCUUUCUCCAGCCUGUCAAAAAUGCAUGGUUGAGUACACAGUGACAUCAACAUUAAUGUGAUGGGAGUAAAAUUCGGCACUUUGAAAUCUCUCUUGUACUAGAAGAGCUGUGCAGAAUUUGGUAACUGCUUAGGCCUGACCCUUAAGAAAUUGUUUUGAUGAUUGGGUUAGAAGUGAAUGUGAAUUAAAGAGGUUUGGGGGAAAGAGGAGGCAUGUACUUCUCAACACCAAACCAAGAACCCAUCUAGUGGCACCUGGAUACUUUGUGCCAUAGAAGUCUUUGGAGAGCCACUGGUGGCAGCUGUGCAAAGCGUAAUGCACUUUGUGCUUCACAUACUCCAUGUGGCUCGUAAUGUGAAGACUUAGAGGAAAUCUGAACUAUGUAUGCAAUGGGUUUCGGUGAAAUAACAAGAACUGGGAGGGGAGUCACUGUUAGUAGCAUCAUUAAUCAUAGAAUUCUGUCUUCUGCAUUCAAUGAAAACAAUGUUCAAAAAGCCAUAAGCCCGAAGAUUGGCACUGCGUGCAAAAAAUAAUAGUCAUAGGGAAAAACAAGCUAUGUCUUCUAAACUGCCUGAGUGAAAAGCAAUCAAGUGUAAGAAAUUACCGUAGAGCUUAAAGAAGGAAAUUCAUCAGAAUCUUUUUCUGUGGAUCAAAUUCUUAAUCUAACUGGGGAAACAAAGCUACAAAACCUGCCAUUAGGAAUAAAUACAAAAAUGAAAGGAAAGCCUAUUGGUGAACAGUAAAAUUGAGAAGUUCAACAAAAGAGCUCCUGUGCUGCCCUCAGAAAUGAGAGUGCAGUUGCCAUCAGUCAGGAUUCAUCUGUGCAGCAAUGAGAGCAGAUUCUCAGACUGAACCAGUGUAGCCAGCAGAAGAGAUUUGAUCCGCAUGGCAUGGAUUCCUUUUGGGAGGGGGUGAAUACAGGAAAGCAAACAAAUUUUUUAAUUCAAAGAUUACAAAGUUCUUGUAAGGUAAAUAAUGUAUUUAGCAUGAAGCAUGAAUUAUUUUCAUAUAAAUAUAGAAAAUAGAGAAAAAGGCUAUGCCUCUAAUUUUUAAGCCCUUAGGCUUAGCGUUUUUUUGGGGGGGUUAUUUUUGGGUUUUUUGUUUGUUUGUUUUGGGUUUUUUGUUUGUUUGUUUUGGUUCUUUUUUUGUUGUUGAGGUUUGGUUUUUUUUUUGAAGCAAGUGUUUAAGGUUUAACCUUCUUCAGGGACAAACACUGACUGUUGGGGAACUUCCUCUGCAAUAUUGAAAAAAUAAAAUCUUCGUGCUCUGGUAGGGCUUGGAUGGUUGAAUUAUACUGCCUUGUCUGCACAUUCAGCCCCCCUCUCCCUACUUCUGUUUUAAAAAAGAAGAAAAAAAGUAAAAUUGUGUCCUUUCUUCGUCUGUACAUGUGUAACAUGACGCAAUAAUUUGAGGGCAAAUUUAGUAGUGAGUGUGUAUGACAGAAUCAGGAGAAUAAUGGGAGGUUAAUUGAGGUAAAUGAUCUGAUUUGAUUCAGGAAUAAGUAGACAAGAAAAUAGCUUUGCUAAUUUUCCAGGAGAAAACAAAGUUAGUAAAGAGCCUUACUUGUGGUGUCCAGAGGAACAAACAGUGCUCCAGAGAGACGUUCAGGUACAGUGCUACUCUCCUGGUGAUGACCACUAUUAGAUAGGAGAUCCUGGCAGCAGAGGGAAGCUGUGAAAUAAAUGAGACAGUCUCUCUCACCUUGAUUCAUGAAUUUGGCAUGAAAAGUUCUACACUUAGAAUAUCUGAGAGGCAAAAAGAAAAUCCCAGGAACCAAGCAGUUAACAGAACAAAACAGUGUUUCUUAAAUAAACUACAAGUCUGUAAUUGUCCCUAACAGCUGUUUAAGGCAGUAGUUUCACCAAGACAGAUCUAGUUUAUGAAGAGUGAGCUAGAAAAGGGUUCAACUUCCCACUCAGUGAGGUGAAAUAAAAAUUUCAGUUAGAGAUGCCUGUGAUGGUUUACCUUUGGUUAGGAAGCAGGAGGACUGGAGAGUGGGUCGUUGUGGACCUAUUCAUGUGCUCCAGAAGCACUUCACUAUGUAAAGAAUAGGUCCACAGUAAGGGCAGCACAGCAGAACAGUGUCUGCUCUCCCAGUGUGACCUGGGAUCCAUGAGCUGCCUGACAAAUGCCACAGCCCAGCACAACUGCCAGCUAUGCAGAUAAGGAAGGAGAGCGCCAAGGAUGGUGCAGGGAACAGCUCUGCACUUCCCUUCAUUUGCUGGGACCGAUGCAUGCAACAUUAGUUAAGAGGGAGUAUAUGGUUACUAGCCUUUGUUGGCUGCCUGAAGCCCUUAGGGUACAGGUAGUGAAAGCAGGAAGAGCCAGUCCCUUGGCUGUGUAGCACAGGGAUGAGCGAGUCAUAGCUCUUCCCUUGUGUGUUUGGACUGGGAUAAUGAGCUUCUUCCCAGACCCACACUCCCUCCAGCCAGAGUUUACAGGCAAUGAAGCACACAACCCCUGCACAAAAACACUUGGUCCUCCUUCUUUUUCUGAACUUUGAGAAGAAUCAUUCAAAAUAUAAAGUACUAUAGUGUUAGCUUGCCACCACCUUUGCAUGGUUGUACCAGCUUGAGAGUGGUUUAGUAUUUACUCAAAAAGCUGCAUUGAAAAGUCAAAUUUAGUGACAGAAAAUAGGCUCAAACCAUGGCUCAGCCAUCUCUCACCCAGACAAAUUAUGUGGUUGUGUGCCAGUGACCCUGUCCACAGAUGGGACGCUAAUUCUGGACCAGCCUCACUGGAACAAUUGCAGUGUGCCACUGCACACAAGAUGGAUGGCUGCUUAACAAGUACCAUUCAGUACUGUGGACUCUUGGUGGCUAAAUAUAUAUGUACCACUGGUAUAUUUACUCACCUUAGAAAACAGCCAUUUUGCAUAAAGAUCUAAUUAGGCAAGUUAACUAUCUCUAUCUAUCUAUAAAUAGUAUCUAAGACUUCAACAACUCCUUUACAUAAUUGCUGGUAAAACCUAAAAUGUUGGCAAGCAUCUAUUUUCAUGUAAACUUUGUUGCUCCUGGUCUGGCCUGACAAGGAGGUGUGCAGUGGAAUUUGGGAAGUUACACAGAGGAACCAGCAGUUCAAUUGAGGGCUAAUGCCAUGGCCAGAUUAUUUCUGGAAUUUAAAAACAACUUGUCCUUCCUGACCCUUACUCUAACUAUAGAGGAGAAUUACCUGAUGUUGACUUGCAUGAAGGAUUUAGGAGUCAGGUUUCGAACCCUUUUUUUGCCUGUCUGAUGAUGGCAGCUUUGUCAGAACUGGUUCUCUUCCAUCAGAGAACUUCUCACUUCUCUUUUGUAAGAAUUGAGACUGAUUUGUUUUCCAGAUGACAGCGUCAGCUUUUGAAUUCAGUUGUUUCUGCUUCGACUGAAUCAUGCCAAACCAGAGUGGUAAUUGCACUGUAUUAUGAGCUCUCUCACUUGCCAGAUAUAAGGUGGCAUGGUUUUGCUUGUUUGCUUUCCUUACUAAGCCAUUUUGGGGUGAGAAGUUGUCAAAUCUUGUCACUUUCUGUUUCCCUCACUUUAUCAGUAUUGCCAAAUUAGCAUUUCUUCAGCGGAGGCUAGGGGAAUCCCGGCAGGUUAGCAAGUGUUCAGUGUUGAGUCUCACAUAGCUGUGAAUUGUAAGGACUGCUGGGUUCUAUUGGAAUAUACCUUCUGCAAGAAGCUCUUGCAGGCCAGAGCUAAAUGCCACAAGCGGUUGUCACUGGUGUCUGCAGGGAAGGUGAAACCUGCCAGUCACGCUUGCAUUUUGAUGCAGAUUUUGCCUGCAUUUGAAAAGUUCAAGCACAGAUCUUGAGCAGCUUUAAUGCAAUGUAUCACCCCAUGUUUCUGAAAGCAGUCUGUUUCUGAUCUUCUAGCAAAACCAGCAGUAGCACUACCAAGAUCACAGAGGGUUACAGCUGAAAAGGCUGAUGUUGGGACUAAAGAACUGUCCUCCGGCUGUGUUCUCUUCUCUCGCGCAAUUCAGCUGAGGUCCUUAUUCUAGCUCCUCUCUUACCUUAAUGGGAGAAGGGAAUCCUAAAGGAGGUGCAUUGGAUCCCAAUGUUUGAUUGAAUUGCUUUGUACCUUCAGAAAAAAAGACAGAGAAAUUCUGAGGGCUGCAUUCUUCACUGGAGUGAGGUAGAGUUUCAUCAACACAGAUUAGCAGAGACUGUAAUCCUGAAUUGUACACAGUUGGCACCAGGGAUAAAAGUGAUCAGAACUACUUUUUUUUUCCCCAGCAUCUUGGUAGCUGUGGUUGAUUUUUGACUGAGAUUUUGCCUCCAAAAUCUAGAUAUAAAGAUGUAGACAGGCAGUGUCUGAGCUGUUCUAAAAGCUGAGGGCGUCUCAUCUCCUUUGCAGUCAGUGGAGGUACAGACUACCAAGUGCUCCUGGAAAUGUUUGACAUUCGCUAUUAUUACCAAUUUUCCUUGGAUUUGACCAUAGGCAUUUUUGAAGACAUUACUCUCCCAUGCUGCAGGAUCAGAAUAAAACUAUUGAGAAAGUGAAUUUCCAAUUUCAGAUGCAAACUUACUUCACGUCAUGGAGAAUGCAAACCCAGGUCCUUCAGGUGUGUCAGUACCACCUGAGUAGCUCAUUGGCAUACCUUAAAUAACUAUUUGGAAACAUUUUCUUGACUUUGCCAACAAAAGAGCAUUGAAACCACACAUCCUCCUGGUUGUAACAGAGUAUCAGUGUUGACUGUCUGACCAGUUAAGUUUUAGUAGUGUUCUUCACAGCCCUCCAGUAAUAUAUCAAACACUGUUAUGCACAUAAGGCAGCACUGUGAUCUAAUUUAAAUAAUACUUUUUUAUUAUUUAUACUACUCUAUGUAAUAUACAUCAACACUUUGCUAUAUAACCUAAGUGAUAACCCUCUUCUUAGUUAUCUGCCAAACUCUUGACUUUCUGUUUGGUUUAUAUUGCAGUUAGCACAGUUACCAAGUUGUAAUGAUGUCUCUUUUCCUUCGAAAUGGGAUGUGUAAGUCAAACUAUACAUUUUGUGUGUUUCUGUUUUGAGCUGGAGUCUGUAAGAUUUACACAAAACAUUCAGUGUUCUGUAUAAAUCUGCAUACGUUUGUGAAUUCAUCUGUUAAUCCCCUUUUCAUUGAUGGUGGUUUACUAGGGGUUAUUUUUGUUACUUUAAUUUUAGUACUGGUUAUUCUUGAAUUAAGCAGAGACUUGUCAGCUGGGUUGCUUUAUCUUUGAUCAUGUACAUGACCUUAUAAUUCUUCCACAGUUCAGCAAACAAGUACUAGCUUCACUGACCAAAAAAAAAGAGUCUCAACCUAAUGUGUCUAUGGUGCUGUAUUUUGCUGGUGUACAUUUAAAACCAGAAAUGAUUUAAAGGUCACUUUUGAGUUGUACUAACAAAUAGCCUUUCCUGGUUUGGGGAGUUUGGUUUUUGUUUUAGUAUUGAAACAAGGUCUAUUUAUCUGAAGCUAUAUAAUGUUUUUUCUACUGUAUCACAUUUCCUUUGCAAAGAGGAGGAAAUCAACCCAGUGUAACAUCCUUUCACGAUCAGGGUGGGGAGGGGUGUCACUUGUUUGGGUUUUUUUUUGAGUUGAUUUCAUUGGGCUUUGGGUCAGGCCAGAAGUUAGAAGAGGUCAUCAGCAGAGGGUUUAAGGGAUACAUGACAACUUGUGCUGGUCCUUAGUGCUGGAGGAGAUUUUACUGGAUUCUAAAAUUACAUGCUGAUAGUCCAGAAAUAGGAAUGGUUUUCAUUUGUUUACUCUGGCCUGAAAUCCCCAAACUUCUUUUUUUUGUUCAGAUGACAUUGAACUCAAGUACAUCUUUCAGUUGCUAGAGCAUUGUGCGUUUCCUGAGUACGUGUGUGGGACAGCAAUUUAAAGUCAUACCUGUAUUCGAUAACCAGUUCCACGCCUGCAUCAUUCACACUCACUACUUAAAACUGCCAUGGUGUAAAAUGUCGGGGGGAAUGAUUUGUGUGUGUAUGAAAAGCAUUAUGGACUUGUACAUUUUUUUUUAUACUCUGCUCUGUAAUUUCUGAAAUAUUUUGUUUUAUGGAAAAGAGAAAAAAAAAAAGUGAUAAAGCAAUCAAAAGACCAAGAGAUUUAGUAUGGAUGCUUAAGGGUCACAGGACCUUAACUGGCCAAUAAGUUAAUUCAGUACAGUGAUAAGCCAGUUGUUUUGCUGUACUUGGUAUCUGAAACUGCCAGUUUCAUCAAUAUUAAAACACAAACUGUGACGAGGAAUGAACAGUGAUGUUAAGUUGUAUUUGUGUUUACCUAAAUGAGCAGUCCGAAGGCAAGUGCAAUCAACUGAUCUUUAGGAAAUAUAAAAAUGUUGAUUUAGAGGCAUACUUGCAUUUUACAUUUUCUUGAUGUGUAAUCAUAUUGCCAAAGACAAACUAUUUCAUCAAUUAUUAUUGUAAAUAACACUUUCCCAAAACCUACCAUAAAGUUUCUGUGAUGUAUUGUCUUCCAGUUGCAAUAAAAAUUACUGAGUUGCAUCAAUUGAACAA